AUGUCCGGUCCUGCAUCGAGUUCUAGUCCUCCGGAAGCAUUCGACCAGCACUUCCUUAACAACUUGGGGGCUGCAUGCCGAGAAUCCAUAUCCAAGAACGAGAGACUGCUGUCCAAGUGCUUCCAGGACAUUGAAGCUGGUUCUACCGUCGACGUUGAGAUCAUUCUGAGAAACACCUCUGAUGCCCUUGCACCUGUGAAAGCAAUGUCCGUACCCGGCGAGCUCUGA